CCCGCCUCCGCCUCCGCCGCUUGCUUUCAACCGCCGCCAGUUUUUCCCUUCCUCCUCUCGAACCAGUCGUCGACCAAGAGGAGCAGGGGGUUCCGAAUCAGGUCUCAGAGAAGGCGUUGCUCAAGGGAAUGAGAUAUGCCGAACUCGAAGGUAUCCUUGAUUCACAAGGCUUCCUGCUUAUGAAGGACGAGGGAGGGUGCAAAGAGGUUAUUUCCAGAAUUUGAGCUCAUGACCUUCCAAUCACAAAGGAGCAACCUUAUUGUAGCCUUGAUUUGAAAAGAAAACAAGUUUGUAGUGAAAUUCCUACAUAAAGGUGUUACAAAUAAGACAUGGCAAGGGAAACAUGCAACUUGUUGAAUCACAGGAUUUAGUGACUGAUACAUGAUUUCGAUGUUCAGAUUUUCCUUUUAUAAAUGGGUCCAAUUGCAUGGAUUUAGGCCUGGUCAGGCCCUAAUGUUAUGGAAACGCCUUUAUGGGAAUAACAUCUGGGCACAUUGUAUAGAUGAAUUGGAAGGUUUAAACAAAGAUUUCAGGAAAAUGUUGAGUCAACAUGCUGAAUUUAGGGCUUUAUCAAUGAAAGAUGUUCUUACUGCAUCUGAUGGCACCAGAAAGAUUUUAUUCACAUUGGAAGAUGGGCUGGUAAUUGAAACAGUUGUAAUACCUUGCGAGAGGGGCAGGACUACUGUUUGUGUUUCAAGUCAAGUGGGUUGUGCCAUGAAUUGUCAGUUCUGCUACACCGGCAGAAUGGGUUUGAAAAGAAAUUUAACUGCUGCCGAAAUAGUAGACCAGGCUGUAUUUGCUCGACGGCUGCUCUCGAGUGAAGUUGGCUCCAUUACAAAUGUUGUGUUCAUGGGAAUGGGAGAGCCACUUCACAACAUUGAAAAUGUCAUAAAAGCUGCAGAUAUAAUGGUGCACGAGCAAGGCCUUUAUUUCAGUCCUCGCAAGGUUACUGUUUCAACCAGUGGACUUGUCCCUCAAUUAAAACGUUUUCUUUAUGAAUCUAAUUGUGCUUUAGCAGUCAGCUUGAAUGCAACAACUGAUGAGGUUAGGAAUUGGAUCAUGCCAAUUAACAGGAAAUAUAACCUAGGCAUUCUUCUGGGGACCCUUAGAGAGGAGCUUCGUUUCAAAAAUAAUUACAAAGUUCUGUUCGAGUAUGUAAUGCUUGCAGGCAUUAAUGACAGUAUUGAGGACGCAAAGAGGCUGAUUAAUCUUGUUCAGGGCAUUCCAUGCAAGAUUAAUCUUAUCUCAUUCAACCCUCAUUCCGGGUCCCAGUUUAAACCAACAGACGAAGAGAAGAUGAUACAGUUUCGGAACAUUCUGGCCGAGGCUGGAUGUGUAGUGUUCCUGCGACUCAGUCGAGGUGAUGAUCGGAUGGCCGCCUGUGGUCAGCUCGGCAAGCCCGGUGACAUCCAGGCUCCCCUGCUCCGCGUUCCGGCUCAAUUUCGAGCAGCACUAGAGGCCACGGCCUGACGUCUAAUUAGCCGGCCGGUAUGGCAUCUCACCCGCUAAGUUAGACUUGGCCGAGUUAGUUGUGUUUCAAUGUUUAAUUUUCUCCCCUUAUACCUAAGUGUCGUUUAAGAAAUUGGCAAUACUACCUUUAAUAGACUUCAAUGUCAAUGAUAUUAGUCUAUUCGCCUAUUUAAACUCUAAAAUAUUAUAUGAUACCCAAAGUCACAAAGAGCAUGGAAAGCUCGAAAAUACUACUUAAAUAUUCAAUAGUCACAUUUUUUCUGACAUUUGUGUAUUAAUAUAUUAUAUUUUGUGUUGGGAUA